AAAGAGACAAAAAGGGGUGUGAAACGAAGAACGUAUCUCUCCUCUCUCCAUGAAUCGGAUUCCAUUCUUUCUCAUCAAAUCAUUGUCAAACAAAAUCAAAUCAUAGUCAUGUUCUUUACCAAUCCAAGACGCUAACCGUGUUCCUCUUUUUUCCUUUGCCAUAUCAUCACUCGAGGAAAAAUCCUUGUUCCUUCCAUCUUCUGAAGUUGACUUCUCUCUCCUAGUGCUUCAAGAUCCUGCCUUUUAUCUCCCAAACUACUCUCCUUCCAUCCCCAUAUGUGAAACUCAAAAAAAAAUGACCUUGAAAGACCCAAUUCUGCUUCUAUUAGCACUCUCUGUAUUCUCACUGAACAGAGUAGUUCAUGCUUCCACAAAGUGUAACAGAACAUGUGGAAACCAUGAAGUCUUUUACCCAUUUGGGUUCUCUGAUGGUUGUCAAAUCCGUCUGAAUUGCACAGAGAAAGGAGAAAGAGUUAUCAAUGGAUUAACAGUCCAAUCCCUAACCACUGAUAGCAUCAAAAUCGCCAUUGGAGCUGAAUGCAAUCGUUCACCAAGGAUCCUGCACAAUCUCUACACUGACAACUACGCUCCAACGAAUAGUAAUGCAAUUCUACUGCACAAUUGUAGGAACACAGCUAUGCUUUGUGAUUUGCCUUCAAUUGAUGUCAAGACCCGAUUCGAGGGGCUUGAUUGUAAUUCAAACAACAGCAGCAAUAUAAGUUGUUAUUCAGGUACCGGUUCCAGUGGGUUCUUGAAUUAUGACAACAUGACUCGAAUUGGGUGCCAGUACUUGUUGUCUGUGAUAUCAGCACAAGUUGUUGAUCCUCAUUCCUUUAAUGACUCCGGCGUGUCUUUGGAUCUUCGGGUUGUUGAGCUUGGGUGGUGGCUUAAUGGUAAGUGUGAUUGUUCUGCUAAUGAUGCUUGUAUUCCAUUGAGAACUCCGGCCGGCCGGCAGGGUUAUCGAUGCCAAUGCAAAGAAGGAUUUGAAGGAGAUGGGUAUCCCGGCAGCACCGGCUGCCGGCCAAAAGACUCUUCUUCACACUGCAAUGCUGCAAACUAUUUCUCUCGUCGAUGUGGAGGAACAACCAUAUUUUCCAUUGUAGUUGGAGGCAUUGCAUUUGGAGCAUUAUUGAUCUGUUUCUGUCUAGUUUGCUGCUUCAUGAGAAGGAGCUCUUCUGCAAAAUCUAAAGGUUACGUAAAACGUCUAUCUGAAGCUACAGGUGUUGACAUUCCGGUAUAUGGAUACAAGGAAAUAGAGAAAGCCACAAACAACUUCUCUGAGAAGCAAAGGCUUGGAACUGGAGCCUAUGGAACGGUCUACGCGGGGAAGCUCCAAACCGAUUUAUGGGUAGCCAUAAAAAGGAUCAGGCGUAGAGAUACUGAUAGCACUGAUCAAGUGAUGAAUGAGAUCAAGUUAAUUUCCUCGGUUUGCCACCCGAAUUUAGUCCGGCUUUUAGGUUGCUCCAUAGAAAAUGGUGAACAGAUCCUUGUCUAUGAAUUCAUGCCUAAUGGAACAUUAUGCCAGCAUUUACAAGGGGAGAGAGGAGAUGGACUUGCCUGGCCAAUCCGCCUCUCUAUCGCCUAUGAAACGGCUCAAGCCAUAGCUCAUCUUCAUUCUGCUAUGAGUCCUCCAAUUUACCACAGAGACAUCAAGUCAAGCAAUAUAUUACUGGAUUACAAUUUCAGGUCCAAAGUUGCAGAUUUUGGUCUCUCUAGACUUGGUAGGCCAGAGAUUUCCCAUAUCUCAACCGCUCCGCAAGGAACUCCAGGCUAUGUUGAUCCGGAUUACCAUCAGAAUUUCCAUGUUUCGGAUAAAAGCGAUGUGUACAGCUUUGGUGUAGUUCUUGUUGAGAUCAUAACAUCAUUGAAAGCAGUAGACUUCUCUCGGCCUUUGAAUGAAGUAACUUUGGCAGCUCUUGCUACCGACAGGAUCGUUAAGGGACAGUUGACUGAGAUUAUAGAUCCAUUCAUUGACAUACAUUCUGAUGCUUGGACAUUUUCUUCAGUACAUAAAGUGGCUGAGCUAGCAUUUAGAUGUCUUGCAUCUCAUAAGGAGAUGAGGCCUUCAAUGAUUGAAGUCGCGGCUGAGCUGGAACAAAUUAGGCUAAGUAGAUGGACACCUCCUGAAGAGAUCAAAUAUGCAGCUUCAUCAGAUGUAUCCUCAGCUUUCUCAAUUUCAUCUGCCAAGCUACAAAGCUUGUGUGUCAAGAAUGGAGGUCUGUCUCCGCUGCAGACCGGGAAUGAUACCGCGAAUUUGACAGAAAGGGAGAAAGAAGAUUCGCCUGUUUCGAUUCAAGAUCCUUGGCCUAGUGAACAAAGCUCAUCAUCAUCAAACAGUUUGCCAAACAAUGUAGUCAUUGGGUGAACUGACAGGAUUUUUUUUUUAUAUAUUUCUUGAGUUGGCCUUGGCUUCUGUCAUGUGUAAAUAUCCUUAAGCAGAGUUUUGCACUUUUGCAGUAGUUUCUUUCUUCAAUGCCUUCAAUGCCAUAACUUUUGCAGA